GGCGCUUCGCUCCCGUUAAACCACAACAAAGAUGGAGGCGCGACGUGACAGCUAGAUUUGCAUUUUUCAUAGCGACGCGCUCAAACUCGCGCUGAAGUGAAGAUGGACGCGCCGCAUCUACCGGAACACAGCGCGGAGAAACGCGUCCGUAUCGUCGGAUCCGAGCUGGUGGAGAAUUACACGGUUUACAUCAUAGAGGUGAAUGUUGGAGAUCACAGGUGGACUGUCAAGCAUCGAUACAGCGACUUUCACGAUUUGCACGAAAAACUCACUGUGGAGAAGAAGAUCGAUAAGCAUCUGUUGCCGCCCAAGAAGAUCAUCGGCAAAAAUUCCAAAAGCCUCGUGGAGAAGCGACAAAAGGAGCUGGAGGUUUAUCUCCAAACGCUCCUGAGCAGAUUCCCUGCAUCGACCCCCAAAGUCCUGUCUAACUUCUUACUCUUUCACUUAUAUGAAAUCAAUGGAAUUGCUGUGGCCCUGGCUGAAGAGCUCUUUCAUAAGGGUGUGUUGUUAUUCAUUCCUAGAGUUAUUAAAUGCUUGAAAUGUACAGCAUUCAAUGUAUUGGCCGAUAAACAAUGUAAUGGGCUAUAUUAUGUGAUGUGA